CCCACCACGCAGACGCAAGCGCACACACCACUCCUCUCACCACCUAUAUAAUAGCCUCCCUCCAACCCUAGCGCGCAACUGGUGCUCCCCCGCCGCCGCCUUCUCCUUCUCUACGUCGCCUUGCCUCCACCGUCGCCAUGGGGAGAAGACCCGCUAGAUGCUACCGCCAGAUCAAGAACAAACCAUACCCAAAGUCAAGGUACUGCCGGGGUGUCCCUGACCCCAAGAUCAGGAUCUAUGAUGUUGGGAUGAAGAGGAAGGGAGUGGAUGAGUUCCCAUUCUGCGUUCACCUUGUGAGCUGGGAGAAGGAGAAUGUUUCCAGUGAGGCCCUUGAGGCUGCCCGCAUUGCUUGCAACAAGUACAUGACCAAGAGUGCGGGGAAGGAUGCCUUCCACCUGAGGGUCAGGGUCCACCCGUUCCAUGUCCUUCGUAUCAACAAGAUGCUUUCAUGUGCUGGGGCUGAUCGGCUCCAGACUGGAAUGAGGGGUGCUUUUGGCAAGCCCCAGGGUACCUGUGCUCGUGUAGCCAUUGGCCAGGUCCUCCUCUCUGUGCGCUGCAAGGAAAGCAAUGCUAAUCAUGCUGAAGAAGCCCUCCGCCGUGCCAAAUUCAAGUUCCCUGGCCGCCAAAAGAUCAUCCGCAGCAGGAAGUGGGGCUUCACCAAGUUCACCCGUGCUGAGUAUCUCAAGUACAAGAGUGAGGGCAGAAUUGCGCCUGAUGGUGUCAAUGCUAAGCUGUAUGGUGUCCACGGUCCCCUGUCCAAGCGUGCCCCUGGGAAGGCGUUCCUUGCAGAGAACAUUCAAGUGUCUGCAUAGACUAAUAUCUCUUCUGGAACUCCAGAGAUUUUUUGCUUAGAUGAUCUAAUUCCGCAUGCUAGAACUUGAGUAAUAUCUUGUUUGAAUGAUCAACUUGUGUAGCCAGUUUGAUGUGGAGGUUAAAUAUCCAUAAUAUCUUGUUUGAACCCUUGCCUCAGUCGUUAUCAAAAGGGUUCAUCUUUUUGGGCUGAAGAGUCUAUCUUUUCUGAA